CGUAGUUUCGGAGUUUGGGCUAGUCGUAGAGCGCCCCCCACUCGGCGCGUCCGAAUUUUCUGCAUUCGAAGCGCGUAGAGUUUUCGGCGGUCGCAUUCGCGAGCUCGGCUCCCGGCGCGACGGAGCGUGCAGUGCGGCCACGAGAGCGGCGACAUGCGGAAGUGAGCGCGACCCUGACAGUGCGAUCCCACAAGUGAUAAGUGAACAACACUCAGUGAUACAAACUAUGCUAUUUGUGCACGGCUCCGCUGAGCUCUAAUGCGUUUCUAUUGAUUCGGACUUGGACUAUUCGACAUGGAAUCCAGGGAAGGAAACCGAGGCGGCCCGGGCAUGGACAGCCAGCAGCAGCAGUACUGCCUGAAAUGGAACAGCUUCGGUUCAAACCUCGCGACGUCGUUCGCGAACCUCUGGAACUCAGAGAGUCUCGCCGACGUCACACUGUACUGCGAAGGGCGUCAAUUCAAAGCGCACAAGGUGAUUCUGGCGGCGUGCAGUAAACACUUCCAGGAGUUGUUCGACACCGCCCCGCCGAGCCAUGCGGGCGCGUGCUACGUCAUCUUGGAGGCCACCACGGCCGACAACAUGCAGGCGCUGCUGGAGUUCAUGUACAAGGGAGAGGUACAUGUCAGCCAGGACGCUCUGUCUAGCUUCCUUAAGAGCGGAGAGAAUCUGCAGGUAAAAGGGCUAUCGAUGGAGAUGUCUCAAGACGGCUGGAUGAAGCAACAAACCCAACAAUCGUCCGGAGACCGUCAGACUCGCAUCAAGACCAGCCCAGUGUCCGGUUCUGGAAACUGCGAGGUCCAGGAGUCUGGCCCUCCGUCUCACACCGCGACGUUUGCGCCCAUCAUGCCGUCAUACAGCCUGCCUCUGCACGGGAGUGGUGGGUCCAUUGGGCGCUACGCCCCACCGGCCCACGUGCCGCUGCACCCGUCUACCCACCGCCGACCCGCCGCGCCCAAACCCUCGCCCUCUCAGAGCCCACAUGCUAGGAAUUACAGACAAAGCUCUUCAUCAUCCCACUGCGGCAGCGUGGCGGACGAGCCGGACACGCGCUCGUCGCCCGGCGCCGGCGGCCGCUACGCCGACGACGCUCCAGCAGACUGCACCUCCACACACGGCAACCAGAUCAAGAACAACGGCUACGAACGCAGCGGAUCAGUCAACGACGAAAUGAUUGAACGCCUCUCCAACGAUCAGGGCGCUGAAGAUCUUCGGGUUAAAAGCGAGAAUGACUAUCACGCUGGAGGCGGGAACAACUACUCGCCUCCGCCCGUGACUCCCAUGCCGACGACCAACUACCACGACAAGACUAUACCCACAUCCCCGGUGCCGCCCAAGCCCAGCCAGGACCUGUGGCCGCACAAGAUCAUCACCAGCAAGUCUGGUGGCAUCGCUACUGCUGACGGCAAGAAGCUGAAGUGUCCGUACUGCGAGCGGCUGUACGGGUACGAGACGAACCUGCGCGCGCACAUCCGCCAGCGGCACCAGGGCAUCCGCGUGCCGUGCCCGCACUGCUCGCGCACCUUCACGCGCAACAACACCGUGCGGCGCCACAUCGCGCGCGAGCACCGCCACCAGGUCACGCCCGGCCACCUGCCGCAGCCGGUCCAGACCCUGCCCAACCACACGCAGUAAGAAACACCAACUUAUUAAAAGAAAUCCUCCGUCAACCGAACUACCUCUACUCUCUUCCCCGGGCCGAGGCCCGACUUCUCUCGUAACAAGCGUACAAUAAAAAUACCUCAUUGAAGCAUAUUAUUGUAACGGUAUCUACCUCAAUUUUUGAUCUUAAGGUUCUUUAAGGUUUUUUCGAUUAUUGUGCGAUAAUUGUUACUUAAUCAAGUGUGACUUCGAAUAGUUGCUCAUUGUUUUAUGUAUAACUGUGGUACCGUUUCUAAAACAUGUACCUGUCGCACCUUCUCUGCUCGUUCAGUUUAACCUACCUCGUUGUUUUUUGGUUCGAAACCUUCUAUUAUAGUAAGAUAUUUGUCCAGUUGACUGUGCGAUGAAAGUUACCUUUUAACGAAUUGGUCUUUAAAGCUCUUUGGCGUGUUAUAUCGUAGCGAAUACCUGGGCUAUGGAUCUUUGAGUACAAGUUGAGACUGAGGUCACAGGCUAAGCAGAUGUAAAUACUAGGAGAAUGUUGUAACCGCCUUGGCCUAAGUUGAGACACGCGUUACAGACUCAUUGUGGCAAAAUCAUUUCCACCUUAACUUUGUUACACGAAGCAUUUCCUAACUUCAAUAGAUCUUAUAUUAUUUAAUUUUACAAUUUCCAUAGAGCAUUUUCGAAACAUAUCUGUGAUACAAUAGAACAGGACUUUAGAACAUUCAGUAAUUAUUUUGCCACUUUGUCGUUUGGAGAAUAACGCGCAUGAAAACGAAAGAUUCAGCAGGUUUUAUACUGACAGUAACGGAUUACUUUUGUACCAAGUACAAAGUUCUAGAUACAUAAGUAGUUAGGUAAAAUCGUGUUAUACAUUACUGCAUGUGAGAUUCGACGCAUGAUUGUGGUUACAACUCCAUUUUGUAAAGUUAGUUUCUGUUAAAUUAAUAAUAAUCAGACGCGGAUGUUUCUAUUGAGACCAAAUAAUUAUAUGUUUCCAGGAGAUGGUGUCGAUGUUAGCAUUCCGUUGUGAGUUUGUUUGUUAUUGAAUAAUGCUCGUGCAUUUAGGUAAUGUCCACUACAUACACUUUAAUAUUCCUAGUCAUUUCAAGUGCAACCAGUUUGAGGUUAAAGAAUAAUUAUUUUAUUGCUAGACGGGGGCGGCGCCACUGUUGUAUUAUAUGUUGUGUGGCGCCGCGCCGGUCGCCCGCGCCCUGCGAGCCGGAGGGACAGUGCCAAAUAAUCCUCAUUUUUAAGUUCACAGCAAUUAUAUUUUUUUGUUGAGUGUGAAUGUAGCGACUGUGUGUUAUAUUCCUGAUAUUUAGGAAUACGUUGCAUUCAUAUUUAUUAUAUUUAUACUUUAGGAUACACUUAAUAAAUAUAUUUAUGAAGAGACAUGCUUACAAAGACUCAGUUUUUAUAUUUUAGUUUCUGUUAACGCCAUGAAGAAAGCGUUUUAGUUAUCUUUUAAUGGUCAAAAUAUACGUAAAUGUUUCGUAGAGACCUUUGCCAGUAAGGGAUCCGUUAUUUUUCAUGACAGUAUAAGGUAUUUUUUUAUUUCUUUACAAAAUGUUUUCAGUCAAAUAGUUCAAACGAAAUCUAAUAAUUUAAAAAUCUGCCUACAUAUUCUUACAGUACAGACACAAUAUUUACAGGAUAAACUUUCUAAAUAUCUUUAUACAAUGUUCCUCUACAAUAUUCCUAUAAUGGUGUUUUAGAUCAAUCAGAGAUAGUUCAAAAUCAGUGUUUGACUUUGUUUUUGAAUAAUCAUAACGUCGAAUUGUGACUUAUGUAGAGCUGAUUCAUUUAAAAACCUCUGUGAAUCUGUAUUGAUUUCUUGUCGCGAAUGCUGUCGGUUGGACAUGAUGUGAGAGACCGCUCCUGCAGGCAAGGAGUGCAUGCUGGAAGUGGUCUCUCUGUUGGUUUGAAAGGUGAUACCUUCUGAAACUUUGGGACAGGAACCCUCGGUCGUAACAUUAUUAAGGCGUGAAUAAGUUACCGUUUAAACGGUGUAAUUUUUUAAUCUUACCUUUAUUAAUUUAAUUAUUUUGCAAUUGGCAUUAUUCUUUAAUUGGUAUGUCUUAAAUUAAGUCGAAAAUGUUUUGCUAAUUCAAUUAUAAAUUGUUAACAUUAUGUUAUGAAAGUUAAAACUUUUAUUUUGUCUUUUGCGUUUUCUUAUGAAUUCAAAAUUCAUAGUUGUGAUUUAUUUUCGACAUUUAAUGUUUUGUGAUACAUAUAUAAUUGGCAUUAAUGCAUCACAUUAUUAGCUUUUAUUGGAUUUUUUGAUUAAGUCGUAGGACGAUGUUGGGUUUUAGAGUUAAGAUGAUGUUACGAGCGGUUGACAAGUUGGUUAGCUGUGGCGAAAUCAAUAUUUCGAUUUUUCUUCUAAACAUAAGGUACAAAUUUUAGAUUACAAUCUUGAAACAGUCAAUUUCUCACAUUAAAAAUAAUCAACUUUGGGUGAAUGUCUGAUCUGUUGUCAGUAAUAUGUGUAUCAUUCGCCUAAGUUUGUUCAGUAGACGCUAUAUUCUAGUGAUUUCUAGGCGUUACGAUGUGUUUGAUGUGAUGAGGUUAUCACUAUAUUGUCGGUGUAUUGCAAUCCGUUUGACUUGUGGCGAUCACCCGAACUCUGUGGCUGUAACUCUGGACACGAUCCAAACUAAAUUUGGACGUUUUUUUAAGUAACAUUUUCAAUUAUUUCUUGCGGGUUUCGAGAAAUUUGUUUCGGAUUUGUUUUAAGCACUAGGCGUUCAAUAUUUUGCUGCUCAAAGUUACGAAAUCAUUAAUUUGCUCGUGCUCGUUUUUUUUUAUAAUUAGGUUAGCUUUUUUAAUUUUAGUUUUUUUUAUCGCGAAGUGUCGUGAUGGUAAAGCCAAAGAUUGUUACGGGUACGGUGACCCUCUGCCGUCACAGGCUGCGCGUGAUUUCACAUUCAAAGUUAAUAAGUAAAUGUUAAUUAUAAUAUGUGUAAUAUUGUUUGCAAUGAAUGUCAAACGCGUAGCAGCCACUUAGUGUAAGUUAAACUACCUCCAGGAAUUUAACUUAGUCAUAAGUUAGCUGUAAUGUAGAUUUUUUAUAUGAAAAAAAACACGUGAAAAUCUUAGUGUGUAAGCGAGAAGCAAAAAGUAAAAAAAAAAUAAAGUACAAAUAUGCUACCUCAGGAUUCAAUUUAGUAAUAAAAGAUUUUAAUUAUUACAGAUAAAAAUUAUAUAUAUACGAGUAAAUUAAACGUAUAUUUAUGUACUCACUAUUAAUAUUUAAAAGCUGGAUGUUUUGUGUUAAAUAUUGAAGGUAUAAAUAAGGUCGUUCAGUAACAAGUAUAUGCAUAGGACAGUAAAGAAACGUUUGAAUCUCUGCAAGGUAGUGGUGUGUGGCGCGCUAGCAACUCAGUGACUCGACAACUCGGUAACUCGGCAACUCUGUAACUCAGCGACUCAGUGACUCGACAACCAGAAAGAGUUGAGCAACUCGGUAACUGAGAUACUCGAUGUGGCCAGUUCUGUCGAAUAAAUCUAUUAAACCUAUGUUCUACCUCUAAUAUACACUGAGUUGGUAGUUGUUUACAUCUAGAAGUAAGCUAGUUAAGUUAGAUGUAAUAAUCUCAUUGAUGUUCUACCUCAUUUUGAAUCACAAGCGGUGAGGGGAUUCGGCCACAAGUCAAUAUUAUGUAAUCUAAAUGUACCUAUCCUUCACUCCCCGGAGUAUAAAAUAUUUUUUUAACCUAUAAUUUUAUUAUUUUUCCCAGUUACUUUUUAUGUUGCCUAGAUGUUAUUAAGUUUUAAGAAGAUGAAAAUGAGAAAAAAACUAUUGUUUGUUAGGUUUCUGCGAAUUAAAAAAAUAACAAAAUUAUUUUCUUUUGUUUCCGUUUUGGUUUCCUCCCCAUCCCUUUUAGAUUAUGAUUUCCUUUUUAGUUUUUCAACAAGUUACACCCGUCCAUUGUAUUUUAAUGUUUUUUAAAAGAAAUAGAAUUUAAAUUUAGGUAAAUUAUUUAAGGAAUUGACAUUUAAGAAUGCGUAGUAGCACUUUUUCGGAACAGGAAUAUUUUUAAGCGAGUACAGUACGGAGUGGUGGCCCCGCGCCGCGCCCGCCGCGCCGCCGCGCAGCAAGCUACGAAUUUGAUGGUAAAAUAAAUACUUACAUGUUCUCUUUGAUUAAAUGUUAAAGUUAAGUAUCUUAAUGAUAAUGCUCACUUUCGAAUUCAUAAGAAUAGCCCACGUACACUGCCCAGCGGAACGCACAGUUCUCGCACUGCCAGGGGGUCGAAGGUAUGUGUCGUCUCCGAGUCUGACGAGGUUCCUCCACUUGUAGACAUAAGGUUGAGAAUACCACCUUAUUUUUCAGCUAUAUCAACGGAGUGCCAGAUCCGUUCUGCUCCCGAUGGAAAGCCGAUGUCUGGAGUUGAGCUCGGGCCGGAGGGCAGCUAGAUAAAGUUAUUGUCAUACUCUGUUAUUCAUUAGGGAAGUCUCAUCGUUUCAUCGGCUCUAAAUAGUCAAAAUUGUACGUACGUUAAACUAAUAAAUAAGAUUUUUAUAUAAUAUAUUGAAAGUAAACGAUACAGCACUAAAUUGAAUGGAUUUACACGAAUUACAAAGAUUUCAUAAGUGUAUUGUAUAUAGAACAUCUAUACUUACCUAGUAUUUGUACGUACCUACGUGUUUAACGUUACUCAUCUCUUGUUAAGUUCUGAUCGCGUAUCUCGGUGUCGUUAUCUGGUCUCGGUGUCAUCUUUGUGUGCGUGUACUUACACUAAAAAAAUAUAAAAUUUAUAAAAAAAAAUACAGUAAAAGACAACGAGCACUCUCUUACCUCAAGAACUAAAGUACAAAUUCUGAAAGUCUUAAGAGUUACUGCCAGUACAAAUUAAAAUUAUUGUAUCGAAAUUUAUGUAAAAUGUUGCCAAAAUUUGGUACAUCACUAAAUAUAUAAUUUUAGAUUUAGGCACUGUGGGAGAGUACAAAGUAUACCGAGUGAGUGGUCCACCCGCGAGCGAACAUGCAAGGGGAUGUAUUUCUCUAUGUAAAACUAUGUAUAUGUUUAAGCUUUAGUUUUUAUAUAUUAUUCUUUGGUAAGUAAUGGAGAACAAGGGUAAAGUAUGAUGAGGAUGUCAGCAUGUAAAUAACGGAAGGUAACAUAAGAAUUAUUAGACGGGACAUAGGUCGGAUAAGUGUAAAUUUUUGUAAACCAGAUGGUUGUAAAACUAAGUAGGUUUUUGUACGUAGCAGAAUUUUGAAGCUUAGUAAAACGUUCGUUGGUCUGUGUCUGUAAAAGGGAAGUGAUUGUCUGUGAUUAUUAAGCGACUUUUUUAAUAUAUAUUACGAUGAAAAGUAUAAUUCAGUACGUACUAAGUAUAUAGCACUAUUUGUGAUUUUACAUCAGACAUUUUAUUAGUUUCAUAUUUUAGACUUCAUUUUUUGAAACUUGAAUUUUAUAGUUUAGGAACGGUUGAGCGGGUUGGAUUUAUUAUGUGUAUAAAUGUGAAGUACUAAUAAGUAAAUUAGUUCAGGUACUGGAAAUGUACAGUAACUGCUGGUGUGUGUCACUGAAGAUGAACCCAAUCUGAAAUUAGGCCUCUUGAUGCUCGUUCCAUUCAAAAUUAUGCAUCGGAAACUAUGGUAUACCUACGUACAUCCUGUCAUGAACCGGUCCUUCAAAAUUACAAUUUACAUCUUCAGUGACAUUUUCAGGGCUUGUACUUUCAUGACAAAAGUACUGGGGUACCUACAAAUAAGUUUAUUCUUUCCUAGCGAAAUUUUCAUUAUUUUUGGCAUAUUUCCUUAGACUCGUGUCGAGUAAAGUAGAACAUUUUCUCGUUACGUUUAGCUUAAUCUAAUAUGUGUUACUUUUAUUUAUAUUUCCAAUUAACUGUCGGACAUGCACUAACUUACCUUACUAAAUGCUUAGUUUAAAUAAAAUAGUUGAUUAUAUCAAAGAUACCUACUACCUACCUGCAACUUGUACCUUUUUAGGUAUAAAUCACAUAGAUAUAUGAACACGACAGUUUAUUUCGAUGUGAAAUCCUGAUCUGAAAUUAAUAAAAAAUUGUUGCUAAAAUAUAAACGGUGUUUUUUAUUCUCACUACCCUUUAGUUAGUGUCUCACGAGCAAUAGAGCAACACCAUGGGGACCUUACGUCGCCAGGUGGUUCUAGACAUCUAGAUGAUCUAGACAUUUUAAUAGGAACUAACUGCUGCUUGAAUGCCGCAUAAAGUUGAGCAUCUUCAAUUAGACAUCUCCAAAUUAAAUAGUAAAAGGAUUUCAAUAAAAUAUCUAGUGAUUUGUAAUAAUUUUUAAUUAUUGUUAUUUACUUUUCAUUUCUUUUAUUUUAAUAUGCCUUUAACGGUUACAAUCUACGUAACAUCUAAUAUAGACUACAGUUUUUACACACAUUUACAGGAAUCGCAACUGGGUUUUAAACAUUCACUUAUUUGAUUAUACUUAUUUAGUAGGUAGUUGAAAAAACUAAUGAUGAUUCCAAUCAAACUUUUACAUUCAUAGAAAUAUCAAAAGGGAGGCUUAGUUAAAAUUUUAAAAGUACACAUUUUAGGUAACACAACAUACUGGUAGAGUGAAAUAACAUAACGGAGGGACUACGGUAGAAAAUUAUACUUGAAGUAAGUUGAUUUUAUUAUUCUAACGGCAACCAAGCUUAAUCAUUAAAUUAAUAUAUUUUUCUCUGCCAAACUAAGACUGAUACUAUAACUCGGAAACACUUAAGUACUUUAGUUUGGAAGAAAAAAAACUUUUACAAAGAGCCUCUGUAGACAAACCACUUUUUGUGGCUCAACUCUGACAAGACAAAAAGUGGCUGAUCUGGCAGUUAGAAAAUUAGUACGUAUUAAGUAGAUAAGUACAACUAAGUGAGAAAUAUACCAAUGAAACUAAUAUUUACAACAAUGGAAUGUGGUUACAUUAUUUGGCAAAAUAAUUUAUGUUACACAUCUAACUAAAACUAUAUUUAAGAGAGAAUACUUGGGCGUAAGUCAACCCUGACUGCUUACAUGAUAGGAACAUAAAUAUUAUACUCAAAUUGAUAUACGGUACCUGUUAGAUAAAGAGUAAUGAAAAGAUUUUUUUCAGUAAGCAACUUUAAGAAAAAAAUACAAUAGCUUUUUUGUAAAA